GAUUAUCAACUUUUGAUGUAACAGAAAUAGGAUCAAAUAAUCAAUUUAAUAACCUGAUUGAGCCGAUUCAAUUUACUGGGUAUUCCCAGUACAAAUCCCAAAAUCUUCCUCAUUGUUCUCUUACUGCUUUUGGAGGUUAAUAAUCCCAAUCAAAACCCCAGCACUCACAAAUCACUAAAAAAAUGGAGUUGAAAGAAUCGAGUAGAAGAGAAGAAGUAUCAUCGGCAAAAGCAGUACAGGUUGGAGCUUUGGCUCCUGGAAUCAACGGUCCUACAAGGAAUACGCUAAAGAGUUGCAUUUUUAAUGCUGGGUUUGUGUCUUGCUGUUAUAUUGGACUUGGCUUUUUCGUCAAGUACUUUUCUUCUUCUUAGCAGGCUUGAAGUUGUCAUUCUUAAUUACAUGGUUAAGAGAGGUUUCCAUCAGACUUGUGAGGUAUUCGCCAGAGAAAUUAAUGCUAAUCCAAAUCAUGUUGCUAUCAAUUCUCCUGAAGGAUAUCUGCAAGAGUGGUGGAAUAUAUUUUAUGAAGCAUUCAGCUCUAGGUUCCCUGAGGUUGCUCUAUUCGCGGCCGAAUCCUUUGAUAAGGUCUCACAGACAGUGGAGAACGUUGUGUCGAAUAUCGGUCCUGUAAGUUCAAUCUAUGCUCCUAAUCAUACAGGAGAAAACAUCUCUACUGUGACGACAUCCUCUCCUAUGAUGCCGUCCCCUCAUUUGAUGGCAUCCUCUCCUGUGAUGGCAUCCAGCGGUCCUGAUCUUAUGGACCCCUAUAUUUCAGAUUUGUUGUCAUCCAUUUGUCCCAGCUUGUUGCCAAAUUUAUCUCCUCCAAUGGCAUCUAUUACUCCCGAAAUGAUGCCAACAGGGGGAGAUGUCCUUCAGAAUGGCAGUUCAAUCAUGCCAAGGACAGGGUAUAUUCAGCCCAGUUUCACUCAAUUUUCUGUUGGACCAAAUAUUCGGAUGGUGCAAGGGCAACCAUCGUUAGAUCUGCUACCCGGAAGAAUGCAAGAGCAAGCCCAGAAUAUGACUCCUCCAAGAGACGUGACAUCGAUUUUAAAGUUUCUUGAGAUUAAUAAAAUGGAUGGCGUGCUUCCAUCUGCAAGCAACUCUGGCUAUCCAAUGCACCAAAUUCCAACGGUUCUUCCACAGUGGGAGGGCAGAGGCGACAGACGUGGUAUAAACUUGGAAGGACCUAUGCAGAUGGAACCAAAUCUUUAUUUGCCUCCAUGGCCAGAACAUUCUGAUGCGGGGAACAACAGAUCUCUCCAACAAGCAUCUCAUCAAGGAUGUCCUUUAGUUGAUGUUUUACCAGAAGUGGCAGUUCAAACAUUGGAUGAGCUCAACUUUCCUGCCCCUUCAAGUUCUGGUGAUUUCAAUCGUAUGCUCAUUCAAGCUGGCUCGAGUGGCAAACAUGCAGGAAUACUUGGCGAUAAAAAUAAAAGAACCCUGGAAAAUUUACCAGUUGACCAGCAAAUAUUAGCUCCUACAGGAGGAAAGCAAAUUGCAGUGCAGGAGCAAGUGAACCAGCUGAGACUGCAGUCUUCAAAUAAGAGGGGCAGAAAGAGGAAAGCUUCACUGAGUUCUCUGGCAGCUGUUGGGAAAGAGAAAGCUACUACCGAUGGUAUUUCGAGUGGCAAUAUUAACAGCUACUUCUCCCAGGGAGAUGCUGGUCUGAUUGGUGCAUUUAAUUCGAUCUCUGCAUUGGGGAAAAGUAUUGCUGCUUGCAUUGAAUCUGACCGGAAAGGCAUCUCUAUUAAAGAGAUUGGAAGUCUUCACGCAACACACAGCGAGCUCCUAUCUUGCCACUUCCAUUCACAAGGGAAGUUGUUGGCUGCUGCUGGACACGAGGUUGUGAUUUGGGACUUGGAAAAUAAUGAUGUUAACACUGGAGAAGGUCAUGCUCAUCUCGUUACAGAUAUCCGUUUUAAACCAAAUUCAACGGUGUUUGCAACAUCUUCUUUUGACAGAACUGUGAUGAUAUGGGAUGCAGCCAAGCCAAGCAACCCUUUCCAAAAACUUUUGGGGCAUGCUGAUCACGUGAUGUCCCUAGACUUUCAUCCAACAAAGGUGGGUCUUCUCAGUUCUUGUGAUAGCAAUGACGAGAUUAGACUGUGGGAUGUCAGUGAGGGUGAUUGCAAACUCAUUUUUAAGGGAGGUAGUAGACAGGUUAGAUUCCAACCUCGAUUUGGGAACCUUUUGGCAUGUUCUACAGGAAAUAUUAUAAAUAUAUUCGAUGUGGAGACUAACAGCAUCCAACAACAGUUACAAGGACAUGUCGGAGAUGUCCGUUCUAUCUGUUGGGAUAUGAGCGGGAAUUUCCUGGCAUCCGUGAGCGAGGAUAGUGCACGGAUAUGGUGUGUUAGCGGAAGAAAGUGUUUACAUGAACUGCGUUCCAGUGGCAAUAAGUUCCAGUCAUGCACUUUCCACCCCGACCGCGCUCAACUCUUGGCGAUUGGUUCUCAUGAGUUACUGGAGCUGUGGAAUCCAAUGUACCAGAGCCACAGAACUUGGCCACACCAAGCUCAUGAUGGUAUAAUUUCUUCAUUUGCAGAUUCACCUCCGACUGGAACCAUAGCCUCAGUGAGUCAUGACCAGUAUAUCAAGAUAUGGCAGUGAUGCCUUUUUCUUCGUGGAUCAAGAUACAACAAUCAAACUUGUUUCUUUCUCUUCUUAUUGGAGGAUUUUUAUAUGAUACCUUGGCCAUUUACAUUUCAUAAAGAGAUGCUUCCUUCGUUAUGGGAAUCAGUUUAUUUGUCAUUAA